UGUAAAUUUCAUGCAGGUAUGCUUACAUCACGGUAAGCUUACUAUCUAUGGUGAAAUCACUCGAAAUUUCUCAAAAUUGUGAACAACACUUUUUAAAAUAGUUUAUGUAUUGCUAGAAAUGCUAGUGGUAAAUGUGAGAAACGCGUCAACUGAUGUGAUGAAAGUUACUCUUCAAGAUACAAUAAUAACAAACAAAAAUCAAUCAAUCAGUUGUUCUUGCCUUGCAUCUUUUCAUCCAUCUUCAAUGAAUGUAUAAUCAGCAUCAGUUCAUUUACUCUUAAAAGAAACCACAAUAAAUAACAUGUUUAGCUUACAAAAACCAUGAUACGAAAGGUCGUCACAUAUAAUAAUGCUCCAUUCUUGUUAUUUUACGAAAGAUAGGUUGAAAGAGUUCGCUAGGUGGAAGAAUUUUGCUUAAAACUUAAAAAGCCUCUCAUAUAUUGAAUCUGAGAAUGAGUUAGCGACUUUGCAUGCCAGGGUCAGAUAGUAUACAUUGAAAGCAUGUGUGAUAAAACUAGUGCUGCAAAAGGGAAGAAAAUACUAGGGUUACAAAAUUUAAAAAGAAUAGAAAAUAGUGUUACAUAUUGGCAUAUUGGAAAGAUUACAUACUUCAUAUUCUACGGCAGUGUUAAUCCAACAAUUCUACGUAGAGUUUUCCAUGUAAUCUUUUUUUUAUCAACAGUUUUCCAUGUAAUUAUUCUUACUAAUAAUUGAUGAUUGUUAAACAUUUCAUAUUGAAAAAGUGUAGCUACAUUGAUGGUUUAUCUAGUCUCUUUUGUUGAGGGAGAUGAAAGCACGUGAAACCAUGACUCCUAUCACUAGCUAUUGUCUUUCAUACCAUUGAUGGUUUAUCUAGCCUCUUUCUUUGUUGACAUGGGAUUCAGUUACAAACUUUUUCUAAGUAUAAGACUUCAGAUCUUAUCUUGUAAUCGUUUAUAUUUUAAUUUGAAGGCUUUUAGUAAAAAAAAAAAUGUAGCUACAUACGGAUGCAUAUGUGAAAAAACCUGAUGAGUAGACACAAACCUUUCUCUCUCUCUCACACACACACACAUGCCAAGAGAUGAGACAAAGAUUCUAUAGUGGAAGUAAGUGUAGGAAUGAGGUGCAUAGAGUGGUCCUAGCUAAAAGUUCUCAGAAGAUACUAAUGCCUUCCCAGUGAAAUGCAAGCCAUUAAGAUUACGAAAGAGAUAUCUCUUCACUUUAGGGUCCACUCUUCUUCUACCCUUUUUCCUUUAAUAGGUCAAUCGAAGAAGACGGAUCGUGAUCAUGCAUGCUCAUUAUUUGAUAUUUGUUUCUCUCUUCUAUUUUUCUUUCCUAGCGUACAUACAAGAGAAAGAACAAGUGCUUAGAUUCCAAUAUAGUAUACACACGUAUAUUUAUUAGUAUGGGAUCAUUAUGUUCAUCCUACUCAACAAAACAUUUCUUGAAAACACCAUUUUCUACAAGUCAUUCAUUCUCUUCAAUAUUGAAUAGCCCAAUUAAAAGUCAAUGUUUGCAAAUAUAGAUAUCGAAUUUUUGAAAGAAAAUCUACAGUUUGUUCCCAUUUUAUCUGAAUUUAUUCCUUUUGUUUAUAUUCCAUUUUAUUCAUCAUUUAUAUGAUACUUUUACUGUUGCUAGUCUUUGUCGCUAAGCCGUGUAUACAAACUAGACAAAGACUUGUGAGUUUUUUGUUACUUUAUGAAAAUAGAAUGUACCUUCUGUUCUAACCUGUAUUCCCGUAAUUCGUUGUCACAUUUUGUUGAUAGUUGACCAACAUCUUUUUCAAUGCGUAGUUACGACGUAAAACUAAGGUGGUUGUCAGUUUAUGUCUUAAAAAUAGUAUGGUUACGUAACUUGUGUUUGCUAGAUACAUUAUAUUAUACUAUAUACUAUCACCCGUUAAACUACUAGUGGUUUUAUGCAUCAGGCCUAAUGUGCAUUGUUGCUCGUUUCUUUACUUUGUCUAUUGAGAUUUUUAGUAAUGAACUAAUCAACCGUGGAACAGUCAAAGUGUUACUGUAUAAAUUAAUUAAGUCUGAUACUUAAAAAUUAAAAUUGGAGCAUAUAGAGUUGUGGGCCCAAUGAUUGGUGAAAGCAUGACAGUGUGAUAACACUCACUCUCCUAGAUUAUCAUUUCUUUAUAUAUGCUUUUCAGUUUUCAUUUUAUUUAUUUUACUAGUAAGAAAACGUGAGUGUACUAUUUGAGUAAACUUAUUUUCUAUUGAGUGUAGUUCCAAAUUUGAUGAUAACAAAAAAAGAAACGUUACAAUAAGUAUUCAAUUUCACAUGGUUUUGGUCAUUCCUAUAUACUGUUUAUGUUUUAAAGUGGUAUGGGUUUUUGUCCAUGAUUGAUUUCGGGCCUUUUGGAUAAGGCCCAUCGUUUCUUCAGUUAGAUUUUAUUAGUUUUAAAAUUUUAAUUAUGUGUCAAAAAAAAAUUAAUAUAUAAAAGCUAUACUGCAAUAGCAUCUACGAGAGUUUAUAUAGACUAGUUAUUAGGAGUUUUAAGGCCUUUGCAAUGCUAAAUUGGAGGGAGACGUUUCAGGAUUUGCGGAAUUAUAAGUGACGGAGAGUUAGCGUGAUAGAUUUGAGGAAUAAAUGUGUCAUCUUCUAUACGUAGAACUUAUAAGAUGUAUGAGAUGAAAUGAGUUAUCAUUGAAGAACGUUCCACACCAACAAAAUUUGGAGUCAUUCUUGUGCUAUGCACGUAAGAGGCUAACUAAAUUCACAUUAUAUUUAGUCUUUGUAUUUGGCCAGGGGAUUGUACAUUUGUACUGAAAGCAUGCAUUAAAUUAGAUGCACUGGCUUUCGCUUGCUAUAGAUUGUCAAACACUUUCAGCGAUUGUCUUCAUCUUUUUGUGGUUUAGAAAUUUCUCACGUCUAAAUAUUAAACAUAUUUUGUGUGUGUACGUGUGUGGCCGCCUUGGUUGGGGAGUUUCCUACUAAAUUAUUAGCACGAAGUAAAAUCAAUAAACAUUGAAUACAAUCGCUGUACACUUAUUCUCCAACAAUGGAUGAAAAUAAAAAGUCGAUAAUAAUAAAAACGAAUGUAAUGGUUGUAAUGGUAAGCCAUUAAUGAGUUAGUUGUUUGUUUUAGUUUUCUCAUUGUCUCAAAAGUCCACACCAAAGUUAUGACUACCACCAUAUCCCUCGUAUCUGGUUUGAUUUUGAAACUUUUUGCGAUCGGACUUAAGAAAUACAUGGCCACAUGAUACCGAAUAAGUACUUAGAACCAUCGAUCCAAACAUACGGGAGACCGUCCUUCAAUAAUGGUAGUUUGAUUUGGAUAUACUUAAUUAAUUUAAAAAUGGAAAAUUAUCAUAAGGAUUUUAUCAAAGAGCACAUUCUCAUGUGCAAAUUUUUGCUCUAUGCGGAUAUGUUCUUUGGAGAUGCCAAAAUCAACUGCUGGAUAGUAAAUGGGGACAUAUGCACCAAGGGAGAAAAUAUCAAGAUCUCGAGGAAUACAUAGAGAAUGCUUCAAUAUCUAACUUUUUAUUUUGUGAAAUUAUUAUUUUCCGCCCACAUGCAUUGUUAUGUUCAAAGAUGGAUUGUACGUCAUGAAGAACAUAGCAGAUGCAUAGAGGAUCAUUGUCUUAAUUAUAUGGAACAUGUCGGUCCAUUAAUAUAACAAACUUAUAAAAACAAAUGCUAGAGAGCAUGAGAAAAAAAUAGUAACAAACUUUGGUUUUUCUUAAUCGAUUGAUGUCAACUAUAGAAUUGCUGCAAGACAACAACAACAACAUCACAAAGAAGUACCAUCUUGAAUGAAAGAAAGAAAACAACGUCUUGUACGUGUAACAUAACACACCGAAAAAGAACUGGUGAAAUUAAAAACACAUGGACACAAAGAGCAUUGAAGGAGUAGAAGGCCAGUGGUAGUUAGGGAGUGAUGUGGUAUAAUUAAUCGGCCCUAAUAGACUGGUAAGUGUUAACCGUCUAUAUCCAUACUAAUAAAUUCAACCUCAGAACUUUCUACUAAACCCCUUUUACUAUAAAUUCUAAGUACACUCCCACUUCUUCUCCUCAAGUUCAUCUAAGCUCCAAUUUAUAUUCUAACUCCUACAAAAAUGGCCACUCGUCUUCCAUUGAUCUGUCUUCUUGUUUCAGUCACGGCGGUUGCGGCUGACUUAUCACCGGAUCGUUACUGGAACACAGCCUUACCAAACACUCCCAUUCCAAACUCUCUCCGCCAUCUCUUUACGCCAGAUUUCACCGAUGAGAAAAGCACCAACGUCCAAGUAGGGAAAGGAGGCGUGAACGUCAACGCCGGAAAAGGUAAACCCGGCGGAGGAACCGCCGUGAACGUUGGAAAAGGAGGUGUCCACGUGGACACUGGCAAGGGUAAGGGAACACACGUGAGCGUUAGCGGCGGAAAAGGUCCGGGCGGAGGCGUAGGCGUCCAUACCGGGAAACCGGGAAAGAGAACGGACGUAGGAGUGGGCAAAGGCGGCGUUAUAGUGCACACGCGCCACAAGGGCAAGCCGGUUUACGUCGGUGUGAAACCAGGACCAAACCCUUUUGUGUAUAACUAUGCAGCGAGUAAGACUCAGCUCCACGACGAUCCCAAAGCGGCUCUCUUCUUCUUGGAGAAGGACAUGGUUCCCGGGAAAGAAAUGAACCUCAGGUUUAAUGCGGAGGACGGUUACCACGGAAAAACGUCGUUCUUGCCACGUGGGGAGGCGGAAACGGUGCCGUUUGGGUCGGAGAAGUUUUCAGAGAUCUUGAAGACUUUCUCGGUUAAACCCGGUUCGGGAGAGGCUGAGAUGAUGAAGAAAACUAUUGAGGAGUGUGAAGCCAAAAGAGUUGGUGGAGAGGAGAAGUAUUGUGCUACGUCUUUGGAGUCAAUGGUUGAUUUUAGCGUUUCUAAACUUGGCAAAGAUCAUGUUCGUGCAGUUUCCACUGAGGUGGCUCAGAAGAAUGCACCGAUGCAGAAGUACAAAAUCGCAGGAGCUGGAGUAAAGAAGUUGUCGGACGACAAGUCAGUGGUGUGUCACAAACAGAAGUACCCAUUCGCAGUGUUCUACUGCCACAAGGCGAUGAUGACGAGCGUUUACGCGGUUCCGCUCGAAGGAGAGAACGGGUUGCGGGCUAAGGCGGUUGCCGUAUGCCACAAGAACACCUCAGCCUGGAACCCAAACCACUUGGCCUUCAAAGUCCUUAAGGUUAAGCCUGGGACCGUUCCGGUCUGCCAUUUCCUCCCUGAAACCCAUGUUGUUUGGUUCAGCUACUAGAUAUGCUUUUUUAUAUUGCGUGUUAUCCAAUAAUGUUUGAGACAAUCUAUCUUUUAGGAUGUUUAAUAUACCUAUAUAUACAUAUAGUAAUGUGUGAUUUUCCAUAUAAUCAAAGACCGAUUGUAUCUAUAUGUUUUUAGUUUCCUUUACCUAGUCUUUUAUGACCUACGUGCUUCUUGUCGUUUGGCAAAAACAUACAAUAAAACUGAUCAAGUAGAUGUUCGUAUA